AUGUCAACGUACAACUUCACUGGUACGCCCACUGGUCAUGGGACCGGUGGUGAUUCGCUAACCACAGAUAUGAACACGCAGUACGAACUGGCCAACAUGGCGUGGCUGGGUACCUCCGCAGCAGGUGUGUGGCUCAUGGUCCCCGGUAUCGGGCUGCUUUACUCUGGGUUGUCCCGAAAGAAGCACUCUUUGUCGUCGCUGUGGCUUUCUUUAACCGGUGUCUGUGUCUGUAUCUUCCAAUGGUUCUUUUGGGGCUACUCGCUGACGUUCUCUCACCAUACUAAGGGUAACGGGUUCCUCGGGACACUAGAGUUCUUUGGGUUUAGACACGUCUUGGGGGCUCCAUCCGCGGUCUCCUCCGCUCCUGAUAUUUUGUUCGCCGUGUUCCAAGGCAUGUUCGCAUCCGUCGCUGGUGUGCUCGCCAUGGGCGGUGGCGGGGAGCGUGCUCGUCUGUUCCCCAUGAUGGUCUUCCUGUUUCUGUGGAUGACGCUCGUGUACUGCCCAUGCGCCUGCUGGACGUGGAACGCGACCGGAUGGCUCGCAGUCAUGGGGUCCCUCGACUUUGCCGGAGGUGUCGUGCACCAGACCGCUGGUCACGGUGCUCUAAUGUACGCGCUGAUCUUGGGGAGAAGAGACAAGAGCAAGAACACUGGGCGCAAGAUCCCGAAAUACAAACCUCACUCAGUCACAUCCGUCGUCUUGGGGACCACUUUCCUGUGGUUCGGAUGGCAGUUCUUCAACCCGGGGUCCGCAGGUAACGCGACGAUGAGAGCAUGGUACGCCGCAAUGAACACAAACUUGGCCGCAGCAGGUGGUGGGUUAGCCUGGAUGUUCAUCGAUUACUUCAGAUACGACGGGAAAUGGACCACUGUGGGGCUGUGCUCAGGGAUCGUGUCCGCUUUGGUUGGUAUCACCCCUGGUGCAGGGUUCGUCCCCAUCUGGUCCUCCUUUGUCAUUGGUGUCGUCACAUCCAUCGGGUGUAACUUCGCCGUUGACGUGCAGUACUGGUUGAAGAUCGACGACGGGUACGCCGUGUGGGCGUUGCACGGAGUCGGUGGUUGUAUUGGUGGUGUCCUGACCGGGAUCUUUGCCGCAGACUACGUCAACGCGACCGCGGGGUCAUACAUCGCGCCAAUCAAGGGCGGGUGGUUGAACCACCAUUACAGACAAGUAGGAUACCAGUUGGCCGCGAUGUGCUCGAUCUGUCUAUGGACCUGUGUCGUUACUUCUAUAAUCCUUCUGGUCAUGGACAGAAUCCCCUGGUUGAAGAUCAGGUUGAAACCCGAGGAGGAGGAGCGCGGCACGGACGCCGUUGAGAUCGGCGAGUUCACAUACCAGAGCGACGAAGAGGAUGGUGGGGAUGAGCUGAACAACAACGAGGACUACACGUUCAUUCCACAGCCCGUACGGUCAAAGACCACCGUUGUUGAUGCGUUGACGAGCAAACUGUCACACAACAACGACAAGAUCGAACCGCACCAGAACAUAGACGACAAGCUCAACGAGGAAGGGUCCAGCACAAGCCAAAGCCACGCUGAAAAAUCCGAACCGGAGAAAUAA